AGGAGAGGCCAUACCAUAUGGGCUCAAAAACGGCUAUCCAAAUGUAAAGAAAAUGCUAAUAACGUUGUGCUACGUCUACCUUUGGGUGCGCUUUCAAAAGUGCUACACAGUAGUUAUUCGGAGCACCCUGCACAGAUUGUGCGGGGGGAGCAAAACCAGGGCCAGUAACGUUAGCUUCACAUUCUGUGCCUUGAAUCCACUCGGGAAGCCUCGACUUCAGAAAGGACAACCAACCUGCCAGCAAAGUGUCAAUAAGCAGCUCAGUCCACCUCUGCCUGAGGAGGACGUUUUUCUCAAGUUGGGCGACAAGGCUAUUUACAUAACCGAACCUCAGGUGACACGUUUGUUUGAUAUAGCUAGCUAGUUAUGUUAGCUAGCUUAGCUAGCAUCCGAGGCCUUCACUUGUCAAAAACAUAAGCUGAAUGGGCAAGCCCAGCUUGCCAGCUAAAUGACAGGCGUGACGGUACGCAGUCUGCUGCUCUGUUACAUUCAGAGCCCGACCAUGUGAAAUAGGCCUCCUCCAUUAUUAGCUAUCAGUUUUUGCAUGCUCUAUGAUUGAGGUAAAUAGCUAACCCGUCAAAAUCCAGUCAAUUCUGGCGUGAACUUGUCAGAUCUUUUUGGUGCACAUUAACUUACAUUAUAUGUCAGUCAGUCUACAUAGUUUCAUAGAUGUCAUAGUCUUACUAAUGUCUAAUGAUCAUACUAACUUUCUAAAACAUGCUUUAAUAUCUAUCUAUACCAUCAGUGUCCAUACUGUAGAUCAGUGUAUAUGUUGUCUGUAUUAUUGUUCCUAGGCAUGUGAUGACCUCAGCAAGUGGACUCUUUUGUGGGGGUCCUCUCUGAGUUGUGGCCCGCGGAUAGAGAACAUUUCUUUCAUCAUAGAGGCUACGUCAGGACAAAGAGUGGGCAGCCAGGCUCAUCAUCACACUACAGAAAAGAAAAAAGUAUGGAUCACAAGUAUAUUUAUCGAGACGCAAAGAAAAUGUCCGUUUUUGUAGACUGUCAAUCAUAUAUGUGACAAAACGUACACUGAACAAAAAUAUAAAUCUAACAUGCAACAAUUGAAAGGGUGGGGAGAGGUCAUAGAUACCUUUUAAAAAAGGUAGGGGCGUGGAUCAGAAAACCAGUCAGUAUCUGGUGUGACCACCAUUUGCCUCAUGCAGUGUGAACAGGCUGUUGAUUGUGGCCUGUGGAAUGUUGUCCCACUCCUCUUCAACGGCUGUGCGAAGUUGCUGGAUGUUGGCGGGAACUGGAACACACUCGUACACGUCGAUCCAGAGCAUCCCAGACAUGCUCAAUGGGUGACAUGUCUGGUGAGUAUACAGGCCAUGGAAGAACUGAGACAUUUUCAGCUUCCAGGAAUUGUGUACAUAUCUUUGCGACAUGGGGCCGUGCAUGAUCAUGCUGAAACAUGAGGUGAUGGUGGCGGAUGAAUGGCACGACAAUGGGCCUCAGGAUCUCAUCAUGGUAUCUCUGUGCAUUCAAAUUGCCAUCAAUAAAAUGAAAUGGGGCACUCUGUUCACAACAUUGACAUCAGCAAAGCGCUCGCCCACAAGACUCCAUACACGCUAUCUGCCAUCUGCCCGGUACAGUUGAAACUGUGAUUCAUCCGUGAAGAGCACACUUCUGUGCCAGUGGCCAUAGAAGGUGAGCAUUUGCCCACUGAAGUCGGUUACGACGCCGAACUACAGUCAGGUCAAGACCCUGGUGAGGAUGACCAGCACGCAGAUGAGCUUCCCUGAGACGGUUUCUGACAGUUUGUGCAGAAAUUCUUCGGUUGUGCAAACCCACAAUUUCAUCAGCUGUCCGGGUGCCUGGUCUCGGACGAUCCCGCAGGUGAAGAAGCCGGAUGUGGAGGUCCUGGGCUGCCGUGGUUACACGUGGUCUGCGGUUGUGAGGCCGGUUGGACAUAUUGCCAAAUUCUCUAAAAUGACGUUGGAGGUGGCUUAUGGUAGAGAAAUUAACAUUAAAAUCUCUGGCAACAGCUCUGUUGGACAUACCUGCAGUCAGCAAGCCAAUUGCAUGCUCACUCAAUACUUGAGACAUCUGUGGCAUUGUGUAACAAAACUGCACAUUUUAGUGUCCCUUUUGUCCCCAGCACAAGGUGCACCUGUGUAAUGACCAUGCUGUUUAAUCAGCUUCUUGAUAUGCCACACCUGUCAGGUGGAUGGAUUAUCUUGGCAAAGGAGAAAUGCUCACUAACAGGGAUGUAAACAAAUUUGUGCACAACAUUUGAGAGAAAUAAGCUUAUGGAACAUUUCCUGGAUCUUUUAUUUCAGCUCAUGAAACAUGGGACCAACACUUUACAUGUUGCAUUUAUAUUUUUGUUCAGUAUAGCCAGUGAGGAAUGUGCAGUCUAAUGUGCUGCUGCUCAUUUCAUAGCAAAGUUUGCAAAUAAUAGAUACAAAUGAUAUACUUACUGAUGAUAUACUUCUGCCGGGUAAGCCUACUUUGCAGUUAACAUUUAAUUGAGAAAGUUUUGAGGAAAGUAUUUCUGUCAACCCACAAGACGUUAUCACAUCAACUGGCUACACACAGUGAUAGACAAACGCGCCCACCAAACAGACAGACGGCAAUAUUGCUGGAAAUUAAUUGGCAGAUAUUGUGUUAGGUUUGGCUUUUUAAGCCAAUGGUGCUUAACCAGGGGUGGGAUAAUGUCAAUGAUGCGUUGAUUAGAUAGUAGCUGGGAGCUUGCUGUGUCUGAUACUUGUGAGAUUUGUUUGUGACAGUUUGCGGUUGAAUUGUUUGGCGAGCUACUCAUAGGUGGGCUGUGAGCUACUGGUAGCUUACGAUCGACCUGUUGGAGACCCCUGCUCUAGUCACUGUUGCCUAGGGUCGGGUUUUCGAGACUAUGCUUGUAUGCCUAUGCCUUUUAGAGUUCGGGGGGAAUGCUCUCUUUUGCUGACUGAACAGAGAAUUGGAACCUUAGACAAGUCACUUUCUUUCCUUCUGAGUGUUUACCUCCUCUCCAUUGUUCCUCACGUCUGGGUGGGACUGCACUGGACAGUGAAACCCCACUCUGUUCAAUUGGGCUAUUUUUCUUCAAAAGGCUCAAGGAAAGAGGAAGCCUCUGGCCUCUUGGAAGUCAUGCUUUAAAAAGCAGGUCUUUAAUAUGGCAGACAGAGGAUCAACUGACACUUGAGAUGCCAUGUUAAGAUCCUGGAGCCAAAAUGUUUUGGUUGGAGAGGAAGUAGGGAUCCUUUAUUCCCCUUCAGCCAUUUAAAGGUCCCUUUAAACACAAAGUGUUAUUUUACUCAGGCAGCAGUAGUUUCUCAAAAGUGGUUAAGCAGUGCAUUAUCUAUGUUCUGUUGGUUGUUGAACUAAUCCCAAUCCCAACUAAUCUAGAAAACAGUCUGAUAUGAUCCUCUUUUCCUUCCACUGUCCACUAACGGUUAAAUCCUGCUGACCUGUGUAAUAUGCUGUGUUGUCUAGGUGCUGAAGUGGUCAGACUACUGUCUCCCUCUGGCCUGUAGCCCAGUGCAGCCGUUCAGGGCCGUGGCUCAGGCCAGCGUUGACAACUUCAGCCGCCUUGGGGUGGCGUUUAUGGAAGAUCGCCUUCAGCUGGACAAUGGACUAGUGCCUUCAAAGAUAGUCUGUGAGUGUCCUGACUGCUUAAAUGUCAAUGGUUUCUCAUCUCAUGGAGUGUGUAUCCAGUUUUAUACCUAUCCUCAACUUUAUUGUAAAUUUAGGAUUUUAAAUAUUUAAAGGCUAUUUCUGAAGAGGCCAUUUUUUUCAGUAACUGCAGAUACGUUUCAGUUGUUGGCCAAUGCCAUCUCAGUGCUUCAUUUAGCUAGGCUAUAUCCAAAAACAUUAUCCAAAUCUAUUGUGAAAUUUUUUCACAUUGCUUAAAACGGAGAGAGGGACACAUUUUGCAAUUCAAAUAUUGCCCUUUGUACUCAUUUCCCUAGCUGUCCUGCUCCGAGAAUCUGCAUUCAAAGAACUUUUGGAGAAGGGAAAGUCGGAAAAGCACAUCACUUCCCUCUCCCUCAAAAAACAGACUGAGAUCAUCCUCUCUGAGCCUUCUCCCUGCGAGUGGGAGGUACUCUCUGUCAGAGGCGACCCCAAGCUAACACAACACAGGAAGGGCAGCCUGCUCCUACCGCCGGAGAUCCAGAGGGCUUUAGGGGAGAGACGAGGCUCAGAGCCCCUACGAGGAGCCAGCCCUGGGGUGGACAGCGGGGACAUCUCCCUGGGCAUCAACCACCAGCACAUGGAGGGCCACGGCCACCACCUCCACCUGUCCAGCUGCCACGAGUGCCAGGAGCUGGAGAACAGUACCAUCCUCUCCGUCAAGUACGCCUCGGUCGACAACAUCCCUGACCUUCCCGACGACUACGCCACGUGCACGGACAGCGGGGACGAGACUCUGGACGAGUUCGAGGAGGAUGAGGCAGAGAGCUUUGUUGGUCAAAGCCGGCGGGUCAACGUUACCGGGAAGCCCCCCAACGUGCUGGUGUUCACGGGCGGCUGCCUGGAGAGGUUCCAGAGGGUGCAUUCGCUGCUGGGCGAGUGCAUCGACAUGGACAGCUACACGGUGUACCCCCUGAGGCCCCAGCAGGCCCUCAGUGAACCCUGGCUGGGGAGUGCUGCCCUGCUAGUGCUGGCCUCAGACGAACCCCUUACCCCCCAGCUCCAGGCCCGUUUCCUCGCAUACCUGGAGCAGGGUGGCAGGAUCCUGGGACUCUCCUCCACCCUCUGCCCCACGGGGCUGGCCCUGGUGCCCAGGAAGAGUAGGAGGAGCCAGAUCUGCAGGCUGAGCUUCACCAAGGCUGAUACCACAGAGCUGGAUCUGAGCGUGCUGGCCAGCGGGAGUGUGUUUGUUAGGGAGCCCCAGAGUGGUGGUGGUGGGGACCCUGGAGAGACGGAAUUCUGGGGGGAGCUGAAGUGGGACGGGGAUGGUGGGGACAAGGACAUGGUCAUCGUCAGGGUGACGCGUGGAGAGGACGGAGGGGAGGCCGUGCUGUGUCAGGUUAAGGGUUGCACACGACUGUCUCUCAGUCAUAUGUCCUUUCACAUGUAAAGCACUAGAUUUGUAUGUAAAAUGAAGCGCUCUAUAAAUGGAAAGUAUUCAUGUUCAUGUUAACUAACUUAUUUAGCAACUAAUAUGCAGUAGUCAUUCAUGUUGAUAUGUGCAUUUUACAAACAGUUGACUUUUCAGCUGACCUUUGCCCUCUCACCACUGACCUCAGGUGCACCUGGAGACGGCUCCCAACUCUGAGGAUAUUGUGUCGUCUCAGGGUUUUGACGAGCUGAAGAUGAGCAAUGCGCGGCGCUACGAGGUCCUGACAGAGAUCUUCACCUCCCUGGGCUUGAGCUGUGAGUUGAGUCAGGCCACGCCCGCCAGCCCUGUCUACCUCCUCGCCACCUCUGAGGUACGUACCUCCUCCUCUGCUACCUUUCCGUUAAAGCUAAGGCCUCUCCCAGCCAAGGCCGUGUUCAGUAGGCACAAGGUUUUUGGAAUGUUCAGAUAUCUAUUCAGAAAUCUAUUGUGUAGAACAGACAUGCUUCUGACAUAUAGAGUAAGGAGUCAUGACUGCUCUAUUAAUGGUAUUUCUGUCUGCAUCAGUAAUUGUGUUGCAUAUAGUGUAUGCACCCAACUAAACGUGACCUAGGCUUCCCCACCCUAUAGUUGAUCAGCCACAAAUUAUAUAUUUCUACAUUGGCCUGUGGUGUCAAAAUGGCUGGCUGGCCUGCCCCACAAUAUCCAGACAACUGGGUAUGGAAACCCUCAACUCUCUUGUCUGUUAGAGUUCUCACAUUACUCCCAUCCUCAAGUUGGUUAAAAAAAUCUCCUACUGCUUUAACAAUGUUAGCUCAUCACAGUCUCUCAACUAGAUAUGCCAUGAGGCUGACUGCUGAUCAAAGGUCUGUUCUAGCUCUACUGUUUGUGUUCUUGUGGAGCCCUGCCCUCACUUAUUUUGACUGCCUCUCUGGACACAUAAACCUGCUCUAAGCCAGUUGCAUAUAUUGGACAAGCAUUUACAUGUAUUAAGAAUCAAAAUGGUUUCCACAUGUUCAGACCUGUCUGGGGCGGGUCUGGACUAGGGCUGCCAAAAUAAACAUUUACCCAGGCAAUUAUGGUCUGGGGUGUGUGUGUGUGUUGGUCUGGGUCUGUGUGGCUGGAUGGAUGGAUUGUGUGUGGCCAGGAAAAGGCCUGACAUGAAUGUAAGAGGUAGCGCACAGUCACACACAUACACACCUUAUUGGUCAGUGCACAAUGCAAUUUCUCUAUGUGAAAUCAGUGAAGUAACAGUUCAAAAUGUGCCACCAGUCUGUGUACACCCAGUCGCUGCCUGGCAGGCUGAGGAUAUUACUCCCAGUCAACUUGCUGCCUGGCAGGCUAAGGCUUCAUUCCUCCAUUGUGUUUGAUGAUGAUGAGGCCCUUGACUCUUCGAAAAGGCCCGCCAGCAAAGUGCUGUGCUCUGCUGUGGUAUGUGGGGAAUUAGCUCUGGGAGUUAAUCAGUGUUUGAGAUGGAUCACUGACCGUUUACUCGCCCACUUCAGAGGGAUCUCAGAGGGCCCUGCCAGGCUCUCGCCACUGAUUGGCCUAACGGGCCUCUGAGAGCAGGAAGUGAAACGCCUCAGGACCACACACCAAGAGGCCAGGGUUCCGGUUUAGAAGCAAGGUUUCAACUGCUCCUACAGUUUAGCUUUGGUACUGCAGUUUAAUUGACGCCUGGCCAAGAAAAACAAUUUCCAUAGACAGCCACAUAGAGAAGUCAGAUUUGAAAAUUCCUAAUAAGACACUUUAGUCAUCACCUUUGUGCACAAAACAUCCAUUUAAUUAUUCAAAUAGUUGUUGCUGAGUCCGAUUAUUUAUUUUAUUUUCUCCAUCACUCACAGCCUAAGAUAUUAACAUUUUAUAUUAAUCGGCUGUCUGCCAUGUUUUUGGAUGAUGUGAUGAAGUUGUCGCUGCUCGCACUACUCACUGUGCGCACUGAGUGCUAGUGCACGUGAUGUUGGGCCGCGUAAACCGUAUGCAACCCGGACAUAGACAGUCCAUGAAUUGGCGUAUGCGAACGUGAGUAGAUUACGUUGAAAACUACGGUCGGACAUCUUAGAUGCAGUCUCCAGUUAUUUAUACCUCAGUGCCACAGACAGCCAGCUGUUUCUGGAGGCUUCAGCCUUAGCAGUUAUGGGUAGUCUAGUUAAACCCACAAGGGCUAUAGAGUCUAGAGUAGGGCUGUCAGAUAGGCAGAAGUGCUGAAAUGCAGCACUUGAAUUGGGAAAGGAUUGUGAAAAUGUCAUUAUUUCAGCCAGGGUCUCAAGACUGCAGCCCAGGUGUUAUGGUACUCUACUCUGUUGUACCCCAUUACUUUGAAAGAUACGUUUCUUGGCAGGGGGAUACAAAUGACAGCAGAAGUUUCCCUAUGCACCUGUGGUGAAAUAACUCUCCACUAGGUGGCAGACCAUCUCUAUUUUGUUCCUUAUGAGUACUACAUCCCCAUCUCUCUGGUAUUUCAUAGUGUUUGUUAUGAUGAUUCGUCUUAGCAAAGAGCAAAUAAUCAGUCAGUUUGAUUAAUGUUCUUGAGUAUUCUUUAUCAAAGUAUACACUUACUGAAAAAUAAAUCAAAGAACGUAAUACCCCAGUACAGUUGUACCUCCAAAUAAAAUUCACUUUGACCACGAUUUGUGAACCCCAAAACGAAUGCAUUAUCUCAUAAUGCCAAAUAAAGACCACAGAAUGUACCCUGGACAGGAGAGGUGUGUCACACACCCGUUGCCCUCCGCUUGGCAAAUCACAUCUGAUGGGCCCACUUGAACGAUUCUGUUAAGUUACUUAUUUAUCCAUUCACUUGGCCCUAGUUGGCUUCCCUCUGACCGACAAUGGAGAAGUGUUUCCAAAAAGGCCCAAAAUCUAGUGUUAUUAUGACUGUUUGGUGUGUUUGGACUGGGCUGUGACUUCUUCACCCCACUGCCCCAGCAACUUUGUUAAAACAAACACCAGGAUGAUGAAAGCGAGGGCAUGCAGGAUUGCUUCCAGAUUGUUCUUGGAAAAUGGAAGGUGCUUUGAGGAGUUGGAGGGGAAUAGAUAGUGUACCACAGAAAUAGAGUACUCUGUGCACCUUGUCUUGGCUAGAGCGGAUGGACUGUGUGCAUCUGGUAGUGCAACCUCUGGAAUUUGUAGUGACCCUGGUGGUAUCAUUAUUACCCAGGUUCCUUUGCUCUAGCCCGUCACAUGGCAUGGGCUUGCUCAGAGGAACUCUGCUCAGACAGAUUCAUCAAGGGAGCGUUUAUUUCCUUUUUCCCCUCUACUGCUCACUUCUUCUCUCCCUCUCUCUCCUCACUCUCUCAUCCCUCUCUGAUUUCCCUGCUAUGCUUUCUCUAAUCUAACAAACCAAUCAUGCACCAAAAACAUUUUUUUUCUUUGUCUUGAAUAUUACUUAGAUGUUUUCAGUUCGUACUAGUCAGGUUAUACUAGUGCUUUCAAUCGAGAAACCCACUGAGCUCCCUCCUCCUUAUCCCUGUAAGCCCAGAGAUGUCAGACUUGUUAACAGUGGCCCAAGCAGUCUCCAGUGACUGCCCUCUCCUUUGUGAUUGGCACAAAGCAGAUAAUUGAGGCAUGCAGAUCAGUGACUCUAAUUGAUUAACCAUCACUGUAUUCAUUAAAUAUGGAUUUGGGCUAAUUAGGCCAUCAUCCCUGUCCCCUCUCGUUGCCAAGGGGGUGCUAAUCACAUACAUUUGGGCAGCAGAUGGUGCCUUGAGAGGUUGUUAAAAAAAAGACCUCAUUUUAGGAGAUGAAAGGAGCACCACGUAUCCUCUUUACUAAACCGAAUAUCUCCUGUGGGUGUGGGGUGGCAGAAUUUACUAUUAAUCCACUCCCCCCCUCAAUGUGCAUGUAGUGGAAAGGGGGAAAACAACACUUGAUUCUAAUUGGAGAUUUCAAAAUGUCAGUCAAACCUUAGCUGUACUAUUAACACUAGCUGUAAAUGGUCAUUUGGAUGGCCUUUUCUAUUAGUAAUGAUUCAAAAAACAUUUAUUUCAUCAUCUGUGAAGUUUAUUAUGUAGGCCUAUGAACUGUACAAGUAGGCCUAGUGUAGGGAAAACUGAUAAUAUAACUUAAAUUAAAAGAAAUUAGUAUAAAACACUUAACAGGGUUCUCACCAAAGAAUGUGCCACUAUGCCCGUACACUUUAAAAUGAAUUAUAAUGGACCUACUGUACAUUCAUGCAGUUUCUUGACUGUGGCCAGCUCGCUAAUAGCCUAAUCACCGAAAUGAAAGCAGAAUAUAAAAAAAUAUAUAUAAUAUAGCGAAGAAAUAUAGCCAAUUUUCAGUGUGGCCCUCCAGACCUCGUUGAAGACAGAAUGCGUUUGACACCCCUGAUUUAAAGCUGCAAUCAGCAAUUAAAACAAUAACAAAGGGUUCUGCCCGCACCUGUUAACGUUAGAAAGCUGAGGGAAGGGGCUGGGGAAAUGUAACCACUCUCAAAUUCAUAAACCGAGCUAUGGAAGCAAGGACUGACCAUCCAUGAUAUCAAAAUUAUAGUUUUAACCAUGUUUUGAGGCUAUAUAGUGUUUGUUUACAUUUACUUUGUUUACCAACAUUGGUGUAAAACAAGCUUAUAUUUUGGGUUCGUAUCAUAUAACUCCAAAAAUGGAUGUAGCAACUGCAGAUUGCCCCUUUAAGGCUCUAGAUUGCAGGAAAUGUCACUUACAGGUGUUCAAAAAAUCUUGUGAGUCUCCGCCCGCCUUACUAAUCAGCACCACCUUGUUAAAAUAUCCUUGGGAAAACCCUGACUUAACCAUUGAUUUGAAGACUCGAAACACAACACUAGUGACUUGACCUGAGCUCUGGGACUUAACUUGAGACGUGUCCAUUAUUACUUGGGACUUGACUCGAAGGUUAAGACUUGAGACUUGCUUAGGACAUGCUAAAUUGUGACUUAGUUAGUACCAUCUCUGGUAGUUACUAUAAAGAAUGACGUUUUAUUUUUCAGCCUGUGUGUGAUAAGCUUAAUCAAAGCAACAUAUUACUUUUAAUUCAGACAAUUCACUUUGCUGUUCUUGGCUGGGUGCAAAUGAUCUAGCAUUGCGGCGAUUGCAAUGGAAACGUUCCCUGUCUGCGUAGCGUCCGUAUACAGCAUCAUAUUAGAUGAGGAUCAUGUCAAAUCCCAACAUGUUUAGUGUUACGCAUUGAUCUAAAACACAGGAGAGAUGUUUUCUGGUGGGAGUCAUAAAGUGUGUGACCCUUUUGAUGGAUGAGAAGUGACUGGAACAGAAUGUUUCACCACUCUGGGGACCAGCGCCUAAUUAAGCCAUGUAAUUGAUUAUCCACAGCCGUUGAUGAUCUUAUUUAAGACUGGACUUCAGCUCGGCUCUUUAACUCUAUACUGUAAAUAUGAUUGACCGUAUUGUAAAAGUCAUGUUGAUCGUCAUUGAAAAAGAUGGCAUCCUAGUUGUCCGUCGUUUUAUACGUUUUCAUGGAAGGAUGGGAGCCAUAGGAUAUGAAGAUAAAUAUAUUUCAUUGAAAUGAGAGAAGUGAAUGGUAAUGAAAACACAGAGGAUUUAUUCAGUCUCUCAUCACACCGGCCUUGUGUUCCUCUGUCUCCAGGAGCGCAGGGCCAGCUUCCUCAAGUGGCUGUACACCCAGGUGGACAAGGAGGGGCUGCUCAAGUCCUCCAAGGCCUUCCUCAAAGUGAUCCCCAGCGCGGAGCUCCAGGCUGGGCCACCCCUGCUGCCCAAAGGGACCCUGGCCUUGGUCACGGACCCCCCAGAGGCCCAGAGUUGGGAGCAGUUCAGCCUGCAGACCUACAGCCAGCACCUGGAGACCCGCACGCUGGGACGCACCCUGCUCUACGCUCAGGUCACCCCGACCACCAUGGACCUACUAGAGGGGUAAGUUAACGUUACCUGCACCUGGCUCUGGGACAGGGAGGGAGGGGGGUAGUCGAUAAGUAAGGGCCGAAUCCUAACCUAAGAAUUAGUUGAACUUGAAGUUUCACAGAACUCUCCAUUGACAUCAAUGCAUGAUUUACGCAAAAGAUCGAGUUGGCUGCUCUCAUAUUUCAAGUUAGCAUCCGGGGCUUAGCAGGUGUGGGUGGUUGCAGGAGAAGAUGUCCAGUUUACAAGUAUUGUUAAAUUAACAUUGACACAUACGAUGACAUACGCACUGUGAUACCCUUGUCAGCAUAGCGCCACGAGGUGAUUCCGGGUUUAGUAGUGGUGUCUAAAUGAAAGUGAAGUUGUCAGACACCAGCGCGGCGAGCACAGUGCCUGCACCAUGACAGGGGAUCAUGAGAGUUAUAGAGCGAUAAAAAUCGAGAGAAAGCAAAUUCAAUUGAGAGAGAGUGAGUGGUUGGUCCACCAACCAUGCUGUGGGUUGUGGAGGCAUUCCGCUGGGCUGGAACUAAUUUAAUGGCUGAGUGACCUCACUGCAGCAGAGGCAGGCUGCACCUAAUAGAGGUCUUUGUCUACCUCCCCACAUCUCACUGGGAACUUGCCAGUCAACAGGCGGAUCCCAGGAACAGGUGGAAGCUAUUAGAGCUGUCAUAAAGUUUGAAAAAUGGAUUCUGGACCUGCGCUGAAGUGAUUGGAACUGACAGUGUUGUCAUUAAGGUUGUAAGGUAACGAAAGAGGGGGGAAAGACGAGGGCACGUGAAAAAAAACUGUUCUCCAGUUUUGAUUUCGCUCCCUCUGAUUUUUUGCGUUUUAAUUUCCAGAUGGUCCCGUUAGUCUUGAUUAAGUUGGAUUAUUCUAGAUGAAAGCCUCUUGUUGGAUUCCUUUUCUUUGUUUUAGCCUAUAUUCCCUCAAGAACAUGUAGUUCUGCCAAGCAUAGUCAUUAUAGGAUGACUAUGGGGGAUUGUCAUUGUUUAUCUGGACCGCUCUUGCUCCUAUCAAAAGGGAGCACAUGGGUAGUGUUCAUUAGGCACCAAAAGGAAGAAAAUGCUCCAAAACGCAGAGAAACAGGGAGUUAUUAUCCAAUAAGAAAAUCUUAUUUUUGUUUUCCGUUGCAAAAUGCUUUUCUACGCUGUGACCUAAUGAACAUGGCCCUGGUAAUAUCAAUAUAACCAUCACUGACACCAACCAUGUAGGCAACUGGCCGCCUAUCCAGUAUUGAGUGUGUUUUGGCAUUCUGAUAUGGACUGGUGAUGAUAGGGAAACUACUGUAGGUAUCAAGUAUGUGUGACUCUCAUUCAUACUCAGUAGGUCUUUAUUUAGUGAGUUUGCUGGCCUGUGUUCUUAGCUGUGGGGUCUGUUUUUGUGCAGGUGGUAGUGGAAUACCGUAUGAACGAUCCACAGCAGUUUAGGAGCUCCUCAAGUAUAGGUCCACCAGUACAGUGGAUUUAAUAAGUGUUUCCUUAAUUAUAAAGUGUUUAUUUAAUUCAAGAGGGACUAUUUUCAAUGCAUGGAGAGAGAGUAAAGGACCCACAGGCCAAGAGUACAGUAAGUGCAAAACCAAUAACUGUUAUUCGUCCAAAGCGCAGAUUCUUUUUUCUGUUAUAAGCCAAAGUAAGACAGGAAAUGAAAAUAGGCUGAAUAAUUCAUGGAUAUAAUUGAACUGGCAUAAAACAGCAAUUAGCUUCACAUUCCUAUGUAAAUACUUUUUUAUGGUGGUGUAGUGGUUAGUGUUGGCAAGGAAAUUUAAAUUCAAAUGAGUUGCCGCAGGCAAGAAAUGUUCUGACCAAUGUAUUACUCAAGCAAAAAAUAUAUAUAUUAUUGAGUGUAUUCAAAUGUUUAGUUUUUUACCUUACGUAUUGUUCAACAAAAUGAUGGCAUUGUUGUAUGCAUAUCUUUUAGCAUGCAGUAAAAAGGCAAAAAAAAAUGUUUCACACCUCUUCCUCAUGAACUGAAGUUUAUUUAAUCAUAGGCUAUCCAUGACCCUUUCAAUAAUAUGUAUAAUUUCCAGGUAAACUGUACAAUCCAUUAGCCAUUUUUUGUACAUUCUUAAUCAAUAUUUUAGUUCACAAAUAAAUGAGUUUAAAGCAGUGAGAAGCAAAAUCCUGAGAAUGUAAUAACCUUAUUAAUAUACGAAAGCUAAUAAUACAUAUAUAUAUAUAUAUAUUAUUAAAACGUAUUCCCCAAAUGCAGCUUUAAUUAUAGAUUAAUCAGUUUUUCAACUCAAUGGUGGAGCAUUUCUUUUAUAAGUAAUAGGCCAUUGAGGGGGAGAUUAUUAAAAGGGGAAUUGGUUGGGGGGUAAAGUGCCUAGCUCAUCGGCUGGGGGAGCUGAUGAAGACGGGGGAUUGGUAUAGGGAGUUGGGGGACUAUAUUGACGGCCAGGCAGGAUCUGAGCUCAGGGGGGAGGCGGUGUGUUUGUCCAGAGUAUUAGUGCUUUGUUUGGCCAGUAGCAGCUAAUAAUAGGCUGGCCCCAAGACAGAUCACAAGGUCACAACCUAGCUGGAAUAUCAAUGCCCUCAGCCAGGGCAGCUGGGUUGUGAGCAGGUUACACACCCCGCUGCUACACAAUCACCAACCCCGCUGCUACACACUCACCAACCCCGCUGCUACACACUCACCAACCCCGCUGCUACACACUCACACUACACACACACUUUCUAACACUUCUCAUACAGACUGAUCAGAGGA